AAUCUUGCACAUUUUCAUGAAAAACUAUUAUAUUGUUUGAUAAUUGAGAUUGUCAAAAAUACUAGUAUAGUUCAUCUUAGUCUUUACACUGAUUAAUUCACUUCUAAUGUCAUGUUUUGGAGAAAAAAUUUUCAAAUAUCUAUAUUAAAAAAUAAUUUGUUAGUGCGCAACGCUCUUCCCACUAUUUCACCCCUAUGCGCAGACCGCGGACCUUUCUCUCAUUGAAGAGAAUAGAAUGAUGCAAUAGCACAGGUAGCGCCAUUGUUAUACCGCGUUCCCAGAACUCAGAUAUUAUCACGCUUAAUCGUGCAAGAAUGAAUAAAAUGCAAAAGAAAAGAGUUCUUAUGGUUUGUUUAGGUAAUAGCUGCCGCUCUCCUAUGGCAGAAGCAGCAUUUCAGACUCAAGUGCAAGAAAUGGGUUUGUCUGAUUUCUGGGAGGUCGAAAGUGCUGGUAUCUUAGGGUAUCAUGUAGGCAAUAGUCCUGAACCAAGAGCAAUGUCCACUCUUCGAAAAGCUGGAAUUACGAAUUACUCUCACGUUGCCAGACAAAUUACAACGGACGAUUUCUAUAAAUUUGAUUGGAUAUUUGGAAUGGACGAGUACAAUAUUUACAAGUUGCACGAGAUAUCACCGGAAAAUAGUCGAGCAAAGAUAGAAUUACUUGGAAAAUAUGAUCCAGCUGGAAUAGUUGGUAUUAGGGAUCCUCUUUUUGAUGCUGACAGUGCUGGAUUUGAGACAGCAUUUCAGCAAGCUCUAAAGAGUGUGCGAGAAUUUUUGAAGAUUAACGGUCGAGAGGACAAGGAAUGAGAAAAGGAUCGUAUGAUAAUAUGAUAAAUUUCUUUUCUUCUUCUAAGCUUGUUCCACCUGAUCUCAGGUUACUCGAGAUCGAAAGGUCCUACCCUAUAGACUCUAUAGGGUAGGAAUCUAACUAGCGCCAUUGUCUUCCAUUGUUUUUUCUACAUAUUUUUGUUAAAUACGACUUACGACUUACACGGUUUCCGAGGUGCCUAGGGAAGGAAUGUUUUUCUGUAAACUUUGUUGUAAUUGUUCAUUAAAAAAUUAGCAACAA